CUGGAUGCUGAGAUCAGAGCCAAGCAGAUGGUUCAGGAGGAGCUGCGCAAAGUCAAGGCUGCCAACAUUAACAUGGAAAGUAAGCUAAAGGAGUCUGAGGAGAGGAGUCGGGAGAUGGGGGAGCAGGUGGAGAGUCUGAAGAAGGAGAUGGAGGACAGCCGCUCCCGCUCGGACAAAGGUCUGAAGCUUCCAGACUUUCAAGACUCCAUUUUUGAAUAUUUCAACACGUCUCCUCUGGCUCCUGAUCUCACCUUCAGAGCGUCAGUUGGCUCCUCCUCCUCGCUGUUUGCUCUCUGGGAAGACACCACGGACAUUGACUCCACCCCCCUAAAAUCGGAGGCCACGCCCCCGUCACCCUCCACCACCUCAGAGCAGGAGGAAGUAAAAGCUGCGUCCGUCCCAGCGAGCCCCUCCCCCACUUACCAGAGCUCAGCACUGACCACGCCAAAGCCCAAAGCUCACCAGCUGAGCAUCAAGACCUUCUCCAGCCCCACUCAGUGCACACACUGCACCUCCCUGAUGGUCGGACUCCUCCGACAAGGAUACGCCUGUGAAGUCUGCUCCUUCAUCUGUCACGUUUCCUGUAAAGACCACGCCCCCUUGGUCUGUCCAAUCCCAGCCGAGCACACCAAGAGGCCACAGGGCAUAGACGUCCAGAGAGGCAUUGGCACCGCCUACAAGGGCUACGUCAGAAUCCCCAAACCCAGCGGUGUGAAGAAGGGAUGGCAGCGCGCCUUCGCCUUGGUCUCUGACUGUAAGCUGUUCCUCUACGACGUCCCGGAGGGGAAGUCGACACAGCCGGGGGUUGGUGCAAGUCUGGUUCUGGAUCUCAGAGACGAGGAGUUUUCCGUCAGCUCAGUCUUGGCGUCGGAUGUGAUCCACGCCACCAGAAAGGAUAUCCCCUGCAUCUUUAGAGUGUCGUCGUCACAACUGAUCUCACAGCUCUCGGCAGUGUCUCUGCUGGUGCUGGCGGAGAGCGAGGUGGAGAAAAGGAAGUGGGUCCGGAUCCUGGAGGGUCUGCAGGGCAUCCUGACCAAGAACCUCCUGAAAAACCAACAGGUCCACAUCCUGCACGAGGCCUACGACGCAUCGCUGCCCCUCAUCAAGACUGCGCUGUCUGCUGCUGUCCUUGACCGGGAGAGGAUCGCUUUGGGAACCGAAGACGGGCUGUUUGUGGUGGAGGUCACCAGAGAUGUGAUCGUACGGGCAGCGGACAGCAAGAAGAUUCAUCAGAUCGAUUUGAUCCCGAAGGAGAAGAUCGUUGCUCUUCUCUGCGGUCGGAAUCGCCACGUUCACCUCCACCACUGGGGGGCGCUGGAGGGAGCAGAGUCCGCCUUCGACCUCAAGCUCACUGACACCAAAGGCUGCCAGGCUCUGACAACGGGGGUGCUGCGACCCGGAGGCCCAUCCUGCCUGCUGGCUGCUGUCAAACGUCAGGUUCUGUGCUACGAGAUCUCCCGGGUGAAACCCUACCACAAGAAGCUGUGGGAGGUGCAGGCCCCCGGCGGGGUGCAGUGGUUGGGCAUGGUCAGGGACCGGCUGUGCGUGGGUUAUCCUUCGGGCUUCGCUCUGCUGGCCCUGCAGGGGGAGUCGUCCCCCAUCAGCCUGGUGAACCCGGCCGACCCGUCGCUCGCCUUUUUGGCUCAGCAGUCGCUGGACGCCCUCCACGCCCUGCAGGUGGGCCCCACCGAACUGCUGCUGUGCUUCAGCCAGCUCGGAGUCUACGUGGACGGGCAAGGCCGCCGCUCCAGGACCCAGGAGCUGAUGUGGCCCGCCACGCCGCUGGCAUGCAGCUCCAACUCCACCCACUUGACCGUCUACAGUGAGAAUGGACUGGACGUUUUCGACAUUCACACCACCGAGUGGGUCCAGACCAUCUCCCUCCGCAAGAUCAGACCUCUGAAUAUUGAAGGGACUUUGAACCUGCUGAGCUCAGAACCUCCUCGACUCAUCUACUUCAGCAACACCUCCUCAGAGCGAGACCUCACCAUCCCGGAGACGUCGGACCAGAGCAGGAAGUUGAUGGUUCGAACGCGCAGCAAGAGGAAGUUCCUGUUUAAGGUUCCAGAGGAGGAGCGUCUUCAGCAAAGGAGGGAGAUGCUGAGGGAUCCGGAGCUCAGAUCAAAGAUGAUCUCCAAUCCCACUAACUUUAACCACGUGGCCCACAUGGGACCAGGAGACGGCAUGCAGGUCCUCAUGGACCUCCCUCUGGUCGGUGAUGUCAUCUCCUUCUCCCCCUCUACCUCUCCAUCUCCCUCUUCCUACCGUCACUCCCUCAUCUCUCCCCCCUCCAACUUUGAGCAUGUCUAUCACAUGACGUCGGUGUCGGCCGGCGCCUUCUUGCAGAAAGACGCCUCCUCUUGCUCCUCCUCCCAGCAGAGCCUCCUGCAGCCUUCCUCCUCCUCUUCCUCCUCCCCCUCAACCUCCUCUCUGGGAAUGAGUGUGAUGCCUUCCUCUCAAGAUGACCCAGUUAAAGAUAAGCCCCGCCCACUUUCCAGCAUCUCCCGACAACAGAGGAGUAAGACUCACAUCACACGCACAGCUUCAGAUUUUGGGGGAGGAGCUUCAUCGCGCAGCGUCUCUGAACUGGACCCGGACCUGGACCGAGAGCCGGACUCUGACUCCACCAAACACUCGACCCCAUCCAACAGCUCUAAUCCCAGCAGCCCCCCCAGUCCCAACUCCCCCCACCGCAGCCAGCUCACCCUGGAUGGCCUUGAGAUGGAUCCGUGAGGCCCCGCCCACCUUGUGGCCCCUCCCUGUCUCUGUGAGGGAGGAGGGGUCUUAUGAACCCAUCCAGCUGCAAACUACAUUUUACUUGAUGAUUUUAUUAUGGUGGGGAGAGUCUAAGCUUCCAGUUGCUUUUAUUUAGUGGAUUUUACCUGCUGGUAAGCCCCGCCCCCUGGUUUCAACCGUGCUGAUGGCUGCUGUGUGACCUUUGACCCUUAGUCUGAUCGGCCCUGUGGGACCAAUCACCACCUCUUCUUAAUUAAAUAACUUGCUGAUAAGCUUUAGCGGGAUGUUAGCCGCCGGGCUAACUGUGACUGAGGUCUCACUCUAAAAAACACUGUAUGAAUUUUUAAAGUUUUGUUAAAUUGCACAUUAUCAAUAUUGUUGUCGUAGGAGAAAAAUAAUCUUUGAUUUUGUGUCAGUGAGGAUCUUUCCUGUUGCACCACCCUAACCCCGCCCUCGGACCUCCGACCCCCUGAGGUUGGCUGGAGUCUGGGGGGACACUACUGCUUUGUUUCACCAGUCAAAGAAUAUUUGUAAUUAUGGAACAGAAACUCAAUAAAAUAAUUUGAAGAGU